GCCUCAUUGCUCUCAGUCUCUCUUCAGCGUGUGACAGUGGAGCUUUCCUCACUCUUGCUCUCAGGCACUCAACAAACACACACUCGCUUCUUUACUUUUGAAAGGGGCAUCGAGCCCCUCAGACAAAUUGGGACCAUGCUGCCCUGGAAGAGGAGCAAGUUUGUGCUGGUGGAGGAUGACUCCAAGAGCAAAGCGAAGAGCCUGAGCGCUGGACUCACCUACCACUCACUGCUGUCCUCGCUGCUGAGGUCGUGCCCUGACCUGGUGCCUGAGUGCCCCUUCCACUGGCUCGCCGGGGUUUUCAACAACAAGCGCCAGAAAGUGGAGCUAAAUAAGGAGGAGCCCAUAUACAGCGUCCGCUACCUGGGAAGUGUAGUGACUGUAGUGGCCAAGGGUGAGGGCUGCACGCAUGAUGCUGUCGCCAAGAUCUGGGCAUCCAGCAACUAUGGUGAGCAGAGUGCCAAGAUGAAGCUGAGUGUAGGGCCACAUGGCAUACGUAUGGGUUGCCGCAGGAAACCCCCGCACCUCUACACCCUUAACCGUAUUACUUACUGCACAACAGACCCCUACCGACCCAAGAUCUUGGCCUGGAUCUACCGGCACCAGGUCAAGCACAAGGCAGUGGUUCUGCGUUGCCAUGCCGUGCUUUUAGCCAAGGCAGACAAGGCUCAUGCUAUUGCUCUCAGCCUGUACCAGAACUCUAUUUCAGCCUUCAGUGAGUUUAAGAGGCUCAAACGUCAGAGUGAUUUCCGGCAUCGCAAGCAGGAACUGCUGGGAGAGGAUAUCAUGCCACUCAUGCCCCUACGGAAGCUGUUGAAUGGACAGUGUCACUAUCAGCCACCAGUAGACAGGCCUGGGAAUUCCAACCGCCUGUUCUCUAUCACCGAGGAGGAUGAGGAGGAAGAAGCAGAGGAGGAGGAAGGACAGGCAGACAACAAAGAGGAAAAAGCAACAAACACUGAUCCAUCAAAUCCCGAGCCAGAGGAACCCCCCGAGAGAGAGCUGGGAUACAUAGUUAACGGACUAGACGGGUUUUCGAUCACCAUCAAAGACGAGGUGCACAUGACGCUCAGCACACUUGUGUGACCACACAUGGAUAUCGGAUGGUGUGCACUUCUUUCUUCCUUUCCCCAUUCUCCUCUUUCCUCUCUGUCCACUUCAGAAGAGCGCUCUCUCCUCAGAGGGAUUCCUGCAGAGUGUGAUCUGGUCCUCCAUCAGCAAGUUUUAAUGCUGAGUUGCUGCUGGCUCGCCUCGUGAGCACUUUCUCUAUGGGUGUUUAAUAAAGUGGAACUUUGUGAAUAAACACAAAAGCACAAUGAGAGAGUGCGUCACACUGCAAAGCAGCCCAGUGAGGACAAACACAGACGGAGCUCAGUCCUUGGGCUACAAACCAAACAAGGACAAAACACAGACCUUCGACGAGCCUUUGUGUCCUUUUCAUGUGAUUGCAUGAGAAUACAUACUUUUCUCAGAUUUUACUGGAUAAUUUUGGAAAUAUUUUAUUUGUGUAACAUGUACAUUUUUCUAUGUGACCAUCUCCCUCUUCUAUCUAACUUUCCUUUCUGGCCAAAAACCUCUGUGAGAGCAUUCAGCCUCUACUCCAACGCAGCAGCACUAAUGAAUUAAUCCAUGAUUUAGGAUAGUAGCCAUUGACUUGACGGGUUUACAGCUGUCACACAUUACAGCCCCAGAAUCAUUUACCGUAUGACCAGCGGAGACGUCGACCCUGGCAUUUAAGGCAGGAUGUUUUAAAUGUUUGCAGAUUUACCAUCCCUGGUUUGCACUGUGACAUGUCUGGGACCAAUAUGAGGAAAAUAUGACUAUAAUCUAUGGUUCUUUCUACGUGAUACACAUUUCGAUAUCAGCUUGAUCUGAUAAACAGGUAAAUAAGCUCUACUGCUUUAAGAGGUAAUGCAUUGUUCAAAAUCAUACGCCAACAGACACUCUCAUAUUCGUAGACAUGUUUUUAUCUAACGGUUCUUUUGUGAUAAUAAUAGUGUACUAGACAUUUCACAAGCUGUCAUUCCAAUUGCACUAAAUGACAUGAAAUUAUAAUAAAAUGUUGGGGGAGAAAAAAAAAACAUUUGGACGUUUAGAUGCUGUUUUUGGAUAUGAGCAGGAAUGUGUGAAUAUGUGAUCUGUUUGUAUGGUGAGUCCAGAGUGUCCAAAGCAAUACAAAAAAUGAUUUUUCAGAAUUAUCCGUGGUUUUCACAACAGAGUAUCACCAGCUGAAAAGAUGAACAAUCUCUGCACAAAUGGCUACACAGAUUGACACCGGCUGUGAGUGGGCUCUGAAGAGGAAAACAGAAAUCUCUUCACACACACGCACACACACACACACACACACACACACACACACACACACACACACACACACACACACACACACACACACACUCGCACACACACUUGGCCUUCUCAAAGCCAGUCGAUUCGUCAGGUGAUUAAAAUGUACAGGAAAUGACCAUAAAUCACUCGGCUCAAUAUUCCAGCACAACAUAGUUCUGCAUACUAAUACUUGGUCUAUUACAUCAACCAACUCCUACAACCUUUAAUUAACAAAACAGCAACCUCAUAUUAACGUGAAUUCCGUUUGCCCCAAGCAGCAAAGGCUUUUAAUUUCGCACUGUUCACUUUGGAAAUUGAACAUCUCUCAUUUAAAUGCUUAAUCUAAAUUCGCAGGUUCAUGUU